ACAUCUGAUUGGUCGGCGCAAGAGUGACGCACUCCACACGCGACUCACAAUGUGCAAUGGCUUGUGUACAUGAUGCUAAAAUGCGCUGCAGGUUGAGAGGGUCAAACCACGAAACGUCGAGUCUUAAAUGAAAAGUACAUUCAUUCUCCGGGAGGUAGACAUGGUGGACAUUUAUCAGACAAUAAUUCAUCCCGCUCUGAAGUUUCAAUGAGGCAAACGAGGCAGUAACGCAGGUGUUCGGACUGGGCAUCAUUCGACGACACCACCAGAACUGGACACAAACACAGGGACAGCUGUGUAAGCUAUGGAAAUCCUUUCAAGGAUGUGCAUGAGCCUGUAUAUACAUCACUAGUACUCACCUUGCCCCUAAGGCUACGCUGGCUCAGCUGGUAGCAGCUGACCUGGAGUAUCAAGGGGAAGUUAAAUCUGUAACAGUCAUUAGAGAGAGUGGACCAUGGCCUGGAGAGUGUCAUAAGUAAAGAAAACAAAACAAUAAAUCCGCACUGUUACAUGAGCUAUCUGACUCAGACCUGCCUGUCAUCUUCUUCUUCUGGUUUAAUGGUGGAUUGCAUCUAUCAAACCUCCCCUUCCAGCAGCUGAAAGGAUUCUCCCAACUCCAUGCUCUCAUGUGACCCUCCGUUGCUUUCUCUAAUCUAUCUCUCCCAGAUGCACCAGACGCAGAGCCACCGGAGCAAAGCAAAAUACCUCAAGAGAAGAAAGGGAUACAUGUCUUCAAUCAAGGGAGUUUCUCAUCUCUCCAGGCGAGCCAAGAGACGCUUGUAUUGUAAAUUACAGCUUUGGAUGUGGAGAAAGCGGAGAGAGAAAUGCCGUUUUGGAAUAUUGAGAGCAAAGAAACGAGCUUGUGGGAUGACCCACGGUUCCGGUCCCUGCCCCAGUGUGAACACACAAACACAGAAAAAUAAAAGCAAAGUUCCAAACUUGAAAAUUUCCCAAGUCAGACCAUCAGCUCCUGUUUCACCUCCUGUUUGUGAUACUGGAGGUCCAGAGGACUUGCUUAAAAUGCAGAAUUGCCUGCUGAAGUUGUGUGACUCUGUCACUCUGUCAGAAACGAUCAAUGCUUGCAGUUCCUUGCAGAACCCGGUUACGGACACAAGUGUUUCUGCUGUCAACAUUGCCAUGCCUACAGCGAUGGGGCAGCCUCAAAAAACAGAAACUUUGGUAAAGCUUAGUGGAACUACCAACCUUGAAACACUUUCUCACACUGUCAAACCGCUGUUGAGUACAGCCAGUGAUGCAUGUGGGUUACCUACACAUUUUAAAGAACCAAGGACAAUGGUGCUAGCUCAAAGGCUUGAGGUUGAUGGCCCAUCAGGACAAUUCGCUGCCGUCACUCCAGGUCAGGACCAUCCUUCAAACAGAGACAGCAGUAAAAAGACAGCGUCUUCUCACACUGAUGUCAGCCUUAUAGAACUGACAAAGGAUAUCCACGAGUUCCUUGAUGACUUCUACAGAAUAUAUGGAAGUUUCAUCCCACUACAAAAGCCCGACGUGUUGAGACAUCUGAAGAGGAGGUUUAACAUUGAUUUCAGUGACAGGAAAAAAGUCAUCUUCUCAGAAGUUACCAAAUACCGAACAGCGAUCAUUCAGAAACCUGUUCCCUCCUUCCGGGUGGUCUACAAGAAACACACACUGACACUGGAUGACUUGUCUACACUGGCAGAUCAGAACUGGCUCAACGACCAGGUCAUGAACAUGUAUGGAGAGUUGAUUAUGGAAUCUGCCCACCAUAAGGUCCAUUUUCUCAACAGCUUCUUCCACAGGCAGCUCAUGACUAAAGGAUAUGAUGGUGUUAAGAGAUGGACAAAGCAGGUGGAUUUGUUUUCUAUGAGUUUGCUUUUGGUGCCCAUCCACCUGGAGGUUCAUUGGUGUCUGGUGACAGCUGACAUCGUCAAAAAGAAGAUCUGCCUUUACGACUCUCAAGGGAACGCACUCCAGAAGGUUGCAAGGAACAUCCUGAAAUACUUGAUGACAGAAGCAAAGGAGAAGAAGCAAGUGGCUUUUGAAAGUGGUUGGGCCGUGUCAUUCGAUGAGAAAAUCCCACAACAGACCAAUGAAAAUGACUGUGGCGUUUUUGUCCUGGAGUAUUCUAGAUGUCUUGCCAUGGCAAAACCUCUGCAGUUUUCACAGAAGGACAUACCAAAGAUACGCAAAAGGAUCUACAAAGAGCUCUGUGACUGUAAGCUUCAUGAAUAUGGCUGACGAGUAACUUAAAGUUGUAUGUAUGUAUGUAUUGCUGAUAAUAUGUGUUGCUUAACACAUGAAGGUAGGAAAUCAGCAGUCCCCACUCUGUUUAGGGCUUCAUUAGCAGCCUUACAGCACUGCAAAGAGUGUCAGUCUUAUAUCAGGCUAAAAUAAUCUGUGUAUGAUUACUGUAUUUAUAUGAUCAAUAUUUAAUCAGGCAUGUUAUUUAAGAAAAAGAGCUUAUUGUUCAUGUUGGACCUUGACUUGGAGUUUACACAUCUACAGUGCACCAACAGAGCCUUACUAAAUGGACUGCCUCUCAAAAUGGGUCUAAUCUGUCAUGGUCCACAUUUUUGUUUAGGUGUCCUUCCAAAAUAUCAGUACACCUUAUCAGCACAUUUCGCACGUCUAAUUUUGGAUCAUUUGACAGUUGUUUGCAUCAUAGUUUACCCGUUGGCACCAGAUAACCAGAUGAAUAGAAGCUUUAUGUAUUUUGUUUGUAUUUGUGUGAACUGAUAUUUGUGUCCAAAUUUUUUUUUUUGGUUUGUUGCGUACUAGAAAUGUGUGUGUGCGCGCGUGUAUAUAAGGUUUUAAAUAAAUAUUGGGCGAUUUCCAAACAUUUCACAAAGUUUAUUUUAUGGUUUCAUCGUACAGAUCAGGUAACUGUAUGCACUGCAUACAGAAUAGCCUUGAUGAAUUUAUAUUAGAUACAUACAUAUUUGUAAACUCACAACUUUAUACACACACACACGCGCGCGCGCGUGCAUACACACACUUUUUUUUAAGUAUCCAGGUGAUUAUAACUGAGUGUCUUCCUGAACAGUAAAAAGCAGUGCUCCAGAUAAAAAGUGGAAAGUUUAAGGCACAAGACAAACUAAUAUGUGGUUUUCAGUAUGAGAACCAGAUAAAAUGCAUUAAAAUACUGUAAUAAAUA